AUGUCGCUUAUUCUCAUUCAUAAUGAUCAAACAGUACCAGUUGAACUUCCAUGUGCAUUGGACGAAUACUGCUGUUUAUUUGAUGAAAUUUGUAAAACUAUUAUAAGCACAUUCAAGCUCAACAAUUUGAUAUGUGAUUAUUACCUAUCAUAUUACGAUCCUUUAUACAAAUUAUGGAUCAAUCUGAAUAUUCAUGUGACAAAGCGCAUCACAGAGAUUCUACGCGGAUCAUCAGCUAAAACAUUGAAAAUACAAAUUCAACGUCGUCGACAAAAUCUGACAACAUAUUCGAUGACAACCAACAAGUUCGAUCAUCAACUAAGCAAUGUAAAUCAUAAUGAUAAAGUGUAUGUGCAUACAGUUAUCUGGUUGGAUGAAUCUAUCGGUAAUCCAUAUCAGCAUAACAAAUUCAAACGAGACUGUCGGGCUAUGAUCAAUGCAAACACAGUCAGUCGCUUUGCCGACAGCGAUAAUAUUGACGCCAAAGUUCGAUACGACACGUAUGCUGAUGAUUGCGAACGAAUUUGGCGGCAUAACUCACAAUACACAACUGCAAAGCACAUGUGUCCGUUCCAGUGCCAUCUUUUCACUGCGGAUAGUACUUACACGUUUUUCACAUGUCUAAACACAAUGUCGAAAUUAACACGUUCCCUUUCGAUUAUUGCUUCCACGCAAUUCGCAAAAGAAGUCAUACCAAUUGUACUGUACCAUCAGCAAAAGCAACUCAUUCCAAGUGAAUUAUUUCUCUAUGUUUUUGAUUCGAACAUGGAAAGUUGUUACGACUGGGCAUCCUAUUACACGUUAGAUGAUCACCUUCCCCAAACAACAACUUUCCUAUUGUUCGAUGAUAAAAAACAGUUAUUCAUCCGAUUACUCAAUGAAGUCAGACGCCUAUUAGUUUCAGAGGCAGAUGCAAAACGUGCCAAACAUGAACUUUAUUCUGCUCUUCAGUACUAUUGUAUUGCAAAUCAACUAUUCCUUAACUCAUUACGCUGGAAUCAUCGUUAUAAUUUUGCUGAAUUCGACCGGCUGAAUCGAGUAAUCGAUGAAUUAGAACGAGAUGUCAACGAGGUUCUUCUAGAGAAAUUUAAACCAUCGGUUUUUGAUAAUAUACAAAUCGAACUAAGUGAUGAACUUUCACAAGAGUGUUCCGAAAUUUUCGAAGGAUUAUAA